CCUUCCCCUCUUUAACUACGCUCGCCCCGCCGCUCCUCCUCGUGCAGACUCGAGCGCCGCUGUACCUGUCGGGAAUCUGCCCUCCUCCUCCGGUGCUAUCUGCAGAUGUAGACUUUUGAUUAGAAGAAUAUAACCUGAUUACUUAGGACGUGGUGAAAGCAAAGGUGGCUAACCAACUUACUUCAAUAUGAAAUUGCUUCUAAGUUUCUUGCUGACUUCUAUGCGAUUCGUAUUGGCAAAGAUGGGUUGUUGUUUUAUGUUUGGAAAGAGAGAACAAGCUGAUCAAGGAGAUGAUGGUGUACAUAGAGUGAAAAUCUUUUCUUACAACGAGUUGAGAAAGGCCACGCAAGGUUUCAGUGGUGCAAAUAAGAUUGGCGAGGGUGGUUUCGGUUCUGUGUUCAGGGGAGUUCUUAAAGAUGGUACAACUGUUGCGGUGAAGGUUUUAUCAGCUACUUCAAGGCAAGGUGUCCGGGAGUUUCUGACUGAACUUACAGCAAUUUCUGACAUCAAGCAUGAAAAUCUCGUCACUCUCAUCGGUUGUUGCGCUGAGGGAUCUCACAGAAUCCUUGUUUACAAUUACCUGGAGAACAACAGCCUUGCACAGACAUUGCUAGGAUCCAGGUAUAGUAACAUUCGGUUCAAUUGGCGGGCUCGUGUCAAAAUUGCUGUGGGUAUUGCCUGUGGGCUUGCAUUUCUUCACGAGGAGAUCCAUCCUCCCAUUAUCCACCGGGACAUAAAGGCAAGCAACAUUCUUCUCGAUAAGGAUCUCACCCCAAAAAUUUCUGAUUUCGGGUUGGCGAGGCUCCUACCACCCAAUGCCACUCAUGUGAGCACCCGGGUUGCAGGCACAUUAGGGUACUUGGCUCCUGAAUACGCAAUCCGAGGUCAAGUGACGAAGAAGUCUGACAUCUAUAGUUUCGGAGUUCUUCUGUUGGAAAUUGUUAGUGGCAGAUGCAACACCAACACAAGAUUGCCUUCUGAAGAUCAAUUUCUCCUUGAGAGGACAUGGGCACUCUAUGAGCAAGGACGUUUAAAUGAGAUCAUAGAUAUCGACAUCGGAGACGACCUGGACGUCGAGGAGGCAUGCCGGUUCAUGAAGAUUGGUCUGCUAUGCACACAAGAUGCAAUGGCACGUCGUCCCAACAUGACCAACGUCGUUCGGAUGCUCACAGGGGAGAGGAGAAUCUCCAUAGACAAGAUUACUAGGCCUGCCAUGAUCACCGACUUUGCAGAUCUCAAGAUCAGCAACAAAGAGCAAAGAUCUAGAGGGCAAAGAUCAAGCGAGGCGCGCUCUCCCACGACAAAAUCGUUCAGCACCACAGAACCAUUCUCGCCGUCGGAGACACCCACACAGUCAUCUAUGUGAAAAUGUGGACAGAAGAAGUGUUUUUCGGUUUGUAUAUUGUGUUACAGAUGGGCCAGGUUAAAUGCAAUUUUUGAAGAGUUUCUUGUUUAAUUUGUUACGAGGAAAGUUCUCAUAGGUAGCUUACUGCUUCUUUGUAUGCUGUAAAUAUUUUGAAACGAAGAUGGUCAAGAUAAGCUUUGCACGAUUCACA